AUGCUGGCCGGAACAAUUACCAGAAAGGAGCAGGUUGUUGACAAUGAAGACGAACAAUACUAUUAUUCAUUUUCUUUUCUUUUUUGCAUAGGACGUAAUCAGUUUGGUCAACUGGGGCAAGCCGAUUUAAAGGCAUUAGAAAAACCAACACCCGUUAGCGGCUUAGAAGAUGUGAAUGUUAUCCAAGCAGCAUGUGGAAGGAAUCAUACCUUAUUCUUAACUGACACAGGAAUUGUUUACGCUUGUGGUGACAACAAAAGCGGUCAAUGUGGUGUUGGUAAUACACAGCCAACUAUAUUGAAAGCUACUCGUUUGAACUAUGCUGGUCCACCAGUAAUAAAAGUUGGAUGUGGCGCUGAUUUUUCGAUGAUAUUAGACAUAAAAGGUAACUUGUAUUCAUUCGGACUGCCUGAGUAUGGUCAACUGGGUCAUAAUACAGAAGGAAAGUAUUUCAUCACAUCCACAAAAAUGUCAUUCCACUUCGAAACGUCUCCGAAAAAAAUUGUGCUGUAUGUCGAAAAAACAAAAGAUGGUCAUGUUACACCAACAGACGACGUCAAAAUUGUCGAUUUUGCCAGUGGAAACAACCAUACGGUUGCAAUUGAUUCCAAAAACAGAGCUUUCAGCUGGGGCUUUGGAGGAAUUGGCCGUCUCGGACAUGCAGAACAAAAAGAUGAAAUGGUUCCCAGGUAAUUUAUAUUUGUAUUUGU